CAAAGCUGAUGCUCACAGCUACUCGUGAACCAACAACGUGGCGGAUUGACUGAUGCACAGGACGUCGAUGUGGCCCUCGUAUCACCAGAUGGUUCGAAGACUACUAUUUUUCUGCUGUGUCGUGGGGACAACUGUGUUAUUGGUCAACUGCUUCCGUUACACUUUAAAUAUGAAGAGACACAAAUACAAAUAUAAACUUCCCUUUCGUGGUGAAGGAGAGGCAGACAAUGUACACAGACAGGCCCCGGGAGAUGCUGGACCUUUUACAUUCGAUCAAGGUCAACCUGUUCACCCGACGAAGAAGUACAUUGUAUGUGUGUGUAUUGGAUCAUACAUUGGGGGGCUGUCAGACCGGCUGAAGGGAUUUGUGACCGGGUACCUUCUGUCCCAGAUGUUGGGCCGAGAGUUUGGUAUAGUGAUGGAAGACCCAUGUAACCUGGCAGAAUACUGGCAGCCCAACAUGGUCAGCUGGAGAUUGAACAUUGGUCACAUCAGGGCACGACACCAACAGAGGAUGCGAGUCAUUGACAACAAACAGUUUGCCCUCGACAUGGAGUCCAGCGAUCUGAAUGAUGUAUUCAAGGCUGAUGUCAUUAACAUGACAAUCAAUGUUAACUGUGUGAAGCAUUUGAUGAGGAACCCGUUGUUCAAAGCAGUAGAGUGGGCUAGAAACAAAAGUGAAUACGAGAUCUAUAAACAUAUUGUUGGGGUGUUGUUCCGACUAUCACCAUCCACAGCUAGCAGAUAUAAUGCGCUACAGCGUAGGGUAGGAGCAAAGACAUUGGUAUGCGCGCAUCUUCGUAUGGGUAGAAGUAAGACUAUGCCGAACGAUGAAGUCAGGCGAACCCGGAAACCAAAGCCAAGAGGAGUGAUUACAUUUUUACAAAGAUGGAAUCAAUCGGAAGUCUUCAAAAUCUUUCUCGCCACUGAUUCGGAUAAUAUUAGAAAAAAGUUUCAAAAUGCUUUUCCGCAAACAUAUAUCGAAAAUGAAGGACCUAUUGUCCAUAUCGACAGGUCCAAGAACUACACGUGUGAGGGAUUAGAAAAAGUCAUUCUGGACCUGCACGUGCUAUCCAUGUGUCGCGUUCUUGUCAUGUCCAUCAGUGGACUAAGUCGCACGGCUGCCAUUCUCAGGGCCAGUGACGAUAACUUGUACAUAGCCUCGCCAACAAACAUCAGUGCAACACCCAGGCUACCUGUAUAGCCUGAUGGAAAUUCAUUCAAGAAAAGCAUAGAAUCCCUGUGAACAAAGUAUUGUGAUGUGGAGAAUGGGUGAAGGGUGCGGGUGGGUCUUUUCUGAUCAGGAGUCAGAACCAUUUGAACCAAGCAAACUGAAGCCAUUUUUAUGCCACGUUCAUUCCUUAGAAUGUUCUCAACACUCUCAUGAGAUGCCUACUGUAUUCGCUAUGUGACGUGUGGCGAGUCGUCGACAAUCAAUAAUAAUGUGUAUUUGAUCAACAUUUACAUUAGUUGUGGCAGUUAAUGCUCUUCUUGAUCUUGGGUCAUUUUAAGACUCUUGCUUCCUCUCUGGAACUCCGCUGCCCACCUCUCAACAGAAUUGUUGUUAAGGAUGCCUGAAUGUAGAAAGUAGCACUGUUAUUAUAUGGUCAGAAGUCUUGACGAAAGUGGUUAUAAAAAUGUGUCAACAUGUGUCAGACAUACGGAUUUGCCUAUGCAUGGCACGAACAUGAUGGUGAUCAUAACCAUUUCAUAUGUACAGGAAAGUCUCGUUAAUCCGACAC